AUGGAUAAAUCUAAAGAAAACUGCGUUUCAGGACCCAUUAAGGCCAUGCUUCCGCUCAGUGAUGGUCCGAAGCGCGUUCCAGUGACUCAGCAGUUUCCUUCUCAGAACCUGUUCUCUGCCGGUGGUGGCCAGGCUCAGCGGGUCUUGUGUCCUUCAAAUUCCUCCCAGAACAUCCCUUCACAAGCACAAAAGCUCGCCUCCAGCCGUAAGCCAGUUCAAGUUCAGAGUCAGAGUCAGAAGCGGAAGCCGUUGCAGAUAACCGCCGUACCUCGUCCUGUCUCCAGGCCACCAAACACCACUCCAAAGAGCGAGCAGGCCCAGCCGUCAGCAUCUGGAAAUAAUCCUGGAAAGGAACUGGCAUCAAAACAGAAUAAAGAAGAAUCAAAAAAAAGGCAAUGGACUUUAGAAGAUUUUGAAAUUGGCCGCCCGUUGGGUAAAGGAAAAUUUGGUAAUGUUUAUCUGGCAAGAGAAAAACAAAGCAAGUUUAUCCUGGCUCUUAAAGUGUUAUUUAAAGCUCAGCUGGAGAAAGCCGGCGUCGAACAUCAGGUGAGAAGAGAAGUCGAGAUACAGUCCCACCUCAGGCAUCCUAAUAUCCUCAGGCUGUACGGUUAUUUCCAUGACGCCACCAGGGUUUACCUGAUUCUUGAAUACGCACCUCUUGGAACAGUCUACAGAGAACUUCAGAAGCUUUCGAAGUUUGAUGAGCAGAGAACGGCUACUUACAUCACAGAGCUGGCAGAUGCCCUGUCUUACUGUCAUUCCAAGAAAGUUAUCCAUCGAGACAUUAAACCUGAGAACCUGCUCCUUGGCUCCACUGGGGAGCUGAAGAUCGCAGACUUCGGGUGGUCGGUGCACGCCCCCUCCUCCAGGAGAACCACUCUCUGUGGCACCCUCGACUACCUGCCUCCCGAGAUGAUUGAGGGCCGGAUGCACGAUGAGAAGGUGGACCUCUGGAGCCUUGGAGUCCUUUGCUAUGAAUUUUUAGUUGGGAAACCUCCCUUUGAGGCAAGCACGUACCAGGAGACCUACAACAGAAUCUCACGGGUGGAGUUUGCGUUCCCUGACGUGGUGACAAUGGGAGCCAGGGACCUAGUUUCAAGACUGCUGAAGCACAACCCAAGCCAGAGGCUGACUCUCAAAGAAGUACUGGAGCACCCCUGGAUUGCAGCCAACUCCUCAAAACCCCCGGGCAGCCAGGACAAAGCAGCAGCGAGCAAGCGGUCUUAG